AGCGCCCCGCAACCCCUCCCUCGCUGCCUCUCUUUCCGAUGCUCAACCUUCGCCGGCUGCGGUCGCCGCAUCCUCGGCGGACGGCGACAAGGAGGCAGCCAGGGGCGGCCGCCUAGGCAAGAGACACCAUGUGAUGGGCAUCGCUCAGUGACACGCAGCUUCGGUUAAAGAGCGGACGCGCAGGAGGGGAGGCGACGGCAGGCGAGACGCGGAUGAAUAGCCUGAACAGCUAAACCAUCGCGAGCCAUGGAUGCGCAAGGGCGACGCGUCCCCCAGUAGGAGAUGACUGAUUUGAUUCGAAAACCUCUGCGGCCAAGCGAGCGGAUGUGAGUGCGAGCCUGGCGAGUACCGUGUGGGUAAGGGUUGCUGGUGGGGGGAGCUUCUGAUGCAAUCGGCCCCGAAAGGAGGAGGAGAGCCAGGAGUGCGCGGGCUGGGGCGGCACGCCGCUCCGCCUGAAGGUCGCCGCCCUUCACCUUCCUCGGAAAUCCGCCACGCCACGCCGAGCCUCCCCGCCCAGCCCUCGCUGACGGAGGGCACCUUUCAUCCGCCAAGGCAGCCAGACCUUGACACAAAGGACAUCGCAAGGCUGGGGGAAAAUCCGGGAAGGGCGGAUACCACUUUUCCCCCCUUUUUUUCUUGGCCCGAGAUACUUAUCAAGUGUCUACUGUGUGCCAGGCACUAUAUCUAUGUGCAUAGAAAGACCCCUGAAGCUGAUAUUCCAAUAUAUAUAUACAGUGAUCGUCUCUGCUUGCUGAGAUAACAGAAAUUUUUCGUCUAGUACCCUAUUUCCUGCAAGUUUAUGGAGAGAAAAGGACUCCUUAGCCCAGAUUGGAAUCGCCAUCCACUGAGUGAACUUUCUAGAAGCCCUGCAGGAUCGCUUCAGUAACCUCUGAGGGAGUCAUUUAGGGGUGUCAGCCUUAUAUUUUUGCUGCUGUCCAGUUGUAAAUAUUCUCAGAAAAAGAGAAUUUGGACCCAUUUUUUGACGACAGGUAGUUUCUAAACAUGAUGCAUUUCAAAAGUGGACUCGAACUAACUGAGUUGCAAAACAUGACAGUGCCCGAAGAUGAUAACAUUAGCAAUGAUUCCAAUGAUUUCACUGAAGUAGAAAAUGGUCAGAUAAACAGCAAGUUUAUUUCUGAUCGUGAAAGCAGAAGAAGUCUCACCAACAGCCACUUGGAAAAAAAGAAAUGUGAUGACUAUAUUCCAGGAACAACCUCCUUGGGCAUGUCUGUUUUUAACCUAAGCAACGCCAUUAUGGGCAGUGGGAUUUUAGGACUCGCCUUCGCCCUGGCAAACACUGGAAUCCUACUUUUUCUGGUACUUUUGACUUCAGUAACACUGCUGUCUAUAUAUUCAAUCAACCUGCUGUUGAUCUGUUCAAAGGAAACAGGCUGCAUGGUUUAUGAAAAGCUGGGAGAACAGGUCUUUGGCACCACAGGGAAACUCGUCAUCUUUGGAGCCACCUCCCUACAGAACACUGGAGCAAUACUGAGCUACCUCUUCAUAGUAAAAAAUGAGCUACCUUCUGCCAUAAAAUUUCUAAUGGGAAAGGAAGAGGAAUUUUCAGCCUGGUACGUGGAUGGCCGCCUGAUGGUGGUGGUAGUUACCUUUGGCAUAAUUCUCCCUCUGUGUCUCUUGAAGAACUUAGGUUAUCUUGGCUAUACGAGUGGAUUUUCCUUGAGCUGUAUGGUUUUUUUCCUAAUUGUGGUUAUCUACAAGAAAUUUCAAAUUGCCUGUUUUGUUCCAGAGCUAAAUUCAACAAGUCCUAAUUCAACAAAUGUGGACAUGUGUACGCCAAAAUAUGUUACCUUCAAUUCAAAGACCGUGUAUGCUUUACCAACAAUUGCGUUCGCUUUUGUCUGCCACCCGUCGGUCCUGCCAAUUUACAGUGAGCUUAAAGAUCGAUCACAGAAAAAGAUGCAGAUGGUUUCAAAUAUCUCCUUUUUCGCCAUGUUUGUUAUGUAUUUCUUGACUGCCAUUUUUGGCUAUUUGACAUUCUAUGAAAGCGUGCAGUCCGACCUUCUCCACAAGUAUCAGAGUAAGGAUGACAUCCUUAUCCUGACGGUACGGCUGGCAGUCAUUGUGGCCGUCAUCCUCACCGUGCCCGUGUUAUUUUUCACGGUUCGAUCUUCUUUAUUUGAACUGUCUAAGAAAACAAAGUUUAAUUUAUGUCGUCAUGUCUCGGUGACCUUCAUACUCCUGGUUAUUAUGAACUUGUUGGUGAUCUUCAUACCCUCCAUGAAGGAUAUUUUUGGAGUCGUUGGCGUUACAUCUGCUAAUAUGCUUAUUUUCAUUCUUCCUUCAUCUCUUUAUUUAAAAAUCACAAGCCAAGAUGGGGAUAAGGGAACUCAGCGAAUUUGGGCUGCCCUUUUCUUGGCUCUGGGGGUGUUGUUUUCCCUGGUAAGCAUUCCCUUGGUCAUCUACGACUGGGCCUACUCAUCAAGUGGUGACGAAGGCCACUGAGACCAGCUGAGAAAAACAGUCAAGUUACCACGCAUCAGCAACCCUUCAUCACUUCGUCUGCAAGUUUACAGAAGCAAACAGAAAUUUACAAGAUACACAAUGAAAUAAUACUUUGGAAGCAAAACAAGAGACCUGUUUCUAUCAUGCCUCAUGCCCCUCCAGGAUUGGGGAUCAAUUUUAAGAUUGUGGAUUUUUUGGUUCCAAAUUUCAUGCAAUCAUAUUUUCCAGUACUUUUCACAGUUGAUUGUUUUUCACUCUACUAACUCUAUUUUUUUGUGAUUUCAUCGUCUCUUAGAACUUUGAAGACAUGAUCACCCAUCGUGUUUAUUUAUUGUACAUCCAGAUUCUGAAAUAAUUUUCCUACUGAUAUUCAGCUUAUAUCUGUACCUUUUUAGCAGAGAAAAGAAUCUUGAAUUGUAUAUAUUUAUUUUGCUUUACAGAAAAAAAUGGUUUCGUAAAUAAUUUGCCUAUUUUGGUUAAAAUAGCACAUAGGGAUAAUCAGAUGAGAGUCACAGGGCACAUACCCUUGUUGGAUCAGAGAAUGCCCAAUAUUUGAGGCAGCUCUGAUCACCUGGCAGGCAAGCUUCAGCAGCUCAUGACCUCGCUGGCAUUCCAUCCACUCUGUGCAGAGACCUUCUCUAGCGAGUGUUCUCAGCUCGGAAAGGGGUGGGAAUGAUUCUUAACCUUGGUAAAUAUACUGAACUACACAUAUGGGUUAUCUAGCAAAUGAAGUUUUGUUUCCCUCUGUCAAAGUUACUCUAUAUAAUCUGAGUCAGCUUUUGUUGGGGAAGACCCAUGACAUCUUUAUAACAAAUUGAGAAGCAAGAGUCCUACAAAAAGAUUGUCCAAAAUGCAUGAGGAAAUAUUUUUCAGAUGCAGAUAGCCUUCAGCCCAACAACUAUAUUGUUGAAGGGGGAAAAACAUUUUCUUAAAUUAUAAACCCAGCAGCUUCUACUCAUGUCCAUCAGCUUUUUGCACAGAAAAUCAUGUGUAUCUAACCAAGGCUGAUCUAGGGAAAGUAAGUCCUGUUUUAUAUUAGGUACUUUGGGGGUGGGGGGUCUUUAAAAUAUUUGUUUUAUACCUAUGAAAGUGAAAGUGUUAGUUGCUCAAUUGUGUCUACCUCUUUGCAACCUCAUGG